AUGCAUGGGAGUUGGAAGGAGAGGAGCAGUGACGUGGUCGAUUUGAGUGAAUUUGAUGAGCAUACGAUUGAGUGUGCCUUGAGCUACUUUUAUGCACGCGACUACCCCUCUAGUACCUUCGCCCACACAUUGGAUCCAGAGCUUGAACAAGGUGCAAAGGAGGAAAGCCACGAGACUUUUGCAACAGAGCAUGUCCACACGGGUGGUUCAGAAGACGACAAUAUUCCCGACGAGCUCACCAAGGAAGGUUCAGCCAAUAGACCAUUGACUCCAAUUGAAAACUUAAUCAAGCCGAUAACACGCGCCGUCCUUUCAGCCGCCACAGCCAGGACACCCAGUCCCACCAAGGACCUCCUCCAGUCUCUCGCCACUGAAGCCUUGACGCAUGCUAAAGUAUAUACCUUUGCUCAUGUGUACCGGGUUUUAGAGUUGGAAGAUUUUGCUUUGCACCGUCUCGCAAAAGUUCUCAUCACUCUGCAGGACAAAGAGUUCGAGAUGUUGCCGCAAUUGGCGGAGGCAAUCCGAGUCAUUUAUUGCAAAACACCCAAAGAUUGCAAUAACCCCGCGACGAAUCUGAUGUCACAUUUUGUGGCUACGAGAUUCAACUGGCUAAUAGGCGACCACCUUUAUGCCCUCAUGGCGGAAGGCGGUGAUUUUGCCAAAGAUGUGUCGAACAAGCUUGCCCGGAGGCUUUCAGUCAAUCCACUGAAAGUGAAAGUUAAGGAGUUGAAUCGAGAAAUCGCGGCAUUGAAAGUCCAGUGUGCAGAAUUGCACAACGAGCCAGAUUCGAUGAGAAAUGGGGGAACAUUCCGCCGAGUAGCUGGACUUGGACAUUAUUAUCAGUGA